AUGUCAAAUAUUCACGCUCUUAUUAAUGAUCCCUCACCAACACCCACACCUCCACCCCCACCACUUGAACCUUCUAUUACAAUUACUAGUAAUAAUAAUAAUAAUAAUAAUGACAAUAUACCACCACCAUUUUUACCAAAACAUGAAGAAAAUGAAUCAUCAAUACCUAGUCCACCAUCUCCUGUUAUAUCAUCAGCUUCAACUUCCAAACAAACAAAUAAGAAACUCUUAUCCACUUCCUCACCUGAAGGUAUACAAGUGGCUGCUAAAAUAACUCCUACAAGAUUAGCUAAUUUACUUAUACGUAAAGGUCCUUUACCAAUCCGUCAUAUAACUCACCAAUUAGCCCUUGAAGUUCCUAGUUUUGAACUGCUCUCAUUAUCAAAACAACGACGUCUUAUAAUGGCAGCAAUGGAACAAACUGAUACAUCAAAUAAUGUGGUAUUUGAAAAAAUUGGUUGGGGACAAUGGGCAGUAAGAAAAGUUGAUAGUGAUUAUAUUGUAACUGAAGGUAUGGAAUCCAUAAAUUCAAAUAUUUCUACUGCCAAUAAAAAUGGUGCAACGAUUUCUUCUGCUAUAACUAAUAAUGGCGAACAAAUAAGUAAUGAAAAAUUAAUUAAUGUUAAUGAUUUAAGAAAUAAAGCAAACUUGAAACUUGGCUGGUCCAAGAAACAAAAUGCGACAACUAAUGGUCAUGGAAUAACAUCGAAGAAAAAUAGAAGGGAAUCAAUUACUAACAAUAAUAAAAACCUUCAUAAUUUGAAGUUACCUAAAGAACCAAAGAAUAGCUCUAUUGCAAUUGCAAGUGAUUCAGAUGACGAAGAUGAUGAUGACGAUAUAGAUGAUAUAGACAUUGAUGACAUGGAACAAGAUGAUGAUGAUGCUAUUGUUGCUGAAGAAGCACUCUCAUCUUUAACUCCAAGCUCUAGUUCGGAAGAUGAAGAGGCUGAAGAUGACGAUGAUGAUGCCUUAUUCCCAUUCGACAACGAUGAAUCAAAACACAAGCUAACUACAAAGACUUCUCCUCCUCCUAUCAAAUUUGCUAAGAGGGUACCUAUCAGAAUAAGUCCACCACCAUCUAAUAAUGGCGAAAGACGUCGGAAGUCUUCAAGUUCAAUUACAAAACCAACUUCUAAUCAUCGUUACCAAAUCUUCAAUAGAUCAAGAUUAGAAUCGUUUGAUGGUUUGGAUAACUAUAUAGUGUCCUCAGCCAAAAAUUCAAAUGUAUCAAUCAAUUCUCCACCUCCAUUACUUUCUUCAUCACCUUUAAAUUCAUGGAAUGGAAGUGGUAUAAUUCCAGCAAGUAAUAGUAAUUAUAUCCAUCAUGAUAAUUCAUCUUCCUUUAUAAUUGAACAAUCUGAGUCUGUGCAAUCAGGAAGAAGAAAGUCGUCAUUCAAUGAAUCUCACUUAAGAUCAACUUUAAGCACAUCGUUACCUCAUCCUCAACAACAUACAACAUCAACUACCAGCCCAAGCAUAGUGACAAGCACUCAUCAGAUUCCAUAUGAAAACUCCCAUUUUGCAAAUUCUACUCCAAGUUCUAUUCAUUCAAAACUUGAGCACCCUGUAAAUCAUCGUCAUCGUCAUCACAGUCAUAGUCAUGCAAGUCAUGAUCAUAGUGAAGAUGAUACAGAUGAAGAAGAUUGGGCUACUAUGGGUGCAGAAACUUUACGAAAGAAUAGUAUUACUUCAUUGAGUAAGAAUAAAGGCACACCUCGUUCAUCAUCUGCUAAACCUGCUCGUUCACAUUCUCAAUCUCAUUCUCAUCAUAAGAUACAUCGUGAUCAAAAGCAUGGUACAGGCAGAUCAAGAUCAGGUGAAAGAUUGCCACUUCCACCAUCUGAUAGAGACAGUAAUACUAUUGACACUAUGAUGGAUGUUGAUGAUGAACAAAGAUUAGCUGCUUUUGCCUUAGUAGAUUUGAGGAAUUAA